UUGCGCUUAAAGCUUCCAGUCAGUGAGAAGUUGAAGUAGCGCGUCUAUUCAGCAGACAGGAGAUAUCCGACAGAUACGUCUCUAAAUUCAUUAGAUAUACACACUUACACUCGGGAUUUUGUGAACACCGGAGCCGGACGGAAAACUUUAACGGUGAACAGAUUCUCUCGCGAACCCUGAAGGGAAAAAACACGAGCUCCAUUUGGAUUUAGUUUGGAUGUAUUUGUGGCUCUGCGGUCUCUUUUUUUCCGUUAACUUUUGACUUUUCCAUGGACAUUUCGUCACGAGUUUUCUUCCGAAAUCGGCUCAUUUGCCUAACAUGAUUGCUUUCGGACCACGAGUGUCGUGGUGUUGACGAAAAGGCAACGGCAGCAUUUUCACAAAUAAACUUUUCUAGCGCUGAAGUCGCACCUUUUAUUUUUCUUUUCUUAUCGAGUAUUUGUCGGCUUUCCUCAAAAUGCAUAACUUUUGUGGGAUUACAAAAUAUUUUAUCGUGUUUUUUUGCCUGGCCUUGCAGCCGUCCUGCGGCCAGUAUCACGGAGAGAAGGGCAUUUCCAUUCCCGAGCACGGCUUCUGCCAGCCCAUAUCGAUCCCUCUGUGUACGGACAUUGCUUACAAUCAAACCAUUAUGCCGAACCUUUUGGGUCACACCAACCAGGAGGACGCCGGACUGGAAGUGCACCAGUUCUACCCUCUCGUCAAAGUCCAGUGCUCGAUGGACCUGAAGUUCUUCCUCUGCUCCAUGUACGCGCCGGUGUGCACGGUGCUCGAGCAAGCCAUUCCGCCGUGUCGGUCCCUGUGUGAGCGGGCGAGACAGGGCUGCGAGGCCCUCAUGAACAAGUUCGGCUUCCAGUGGCCCGAGAGACUCCGCUGCGAGAAUUUCCCCGUUCACGGCGCUGGAGAGAUCUGCGUGGGCCAGAACACGUCGGACUCUGGAAGCCCGACAUCUGACCCGACGCCCUACGUACCCGAACUGAUCACGUUAGGGCCAAACGUGGUCAGACCCAGCCAGCAAUUCACAUGCCCACUGCAGCUGAAAGUGCCCACUUAUCUCAAGUACCACUUCAUGGGCGAAAAAGACUGUGGUGCGCCAUGCGAGCUCACUAAACCCAACGGAUUGAUGUAUUUCCGAGAGGAGGAGGUCAAAUUCGGCCGGCUUUGGGUGGGCAUUUGGUCCAUUUUGUGUUGUGUUAGUACCCUUUUCACUGUGCUCACAUACUUGGUGGACAUGAGGCGGUUUCGCUACCCAGAGAGGCCCAUCAUCUUCCUCUCGGGCUGCUAUUUCAUGGUGGCCGUCGCCUACACGGCAGGAUUUUUCUUUGAAGACAAAGUAGUUUGCAUUGACAAGUUUAAUGAUGAUGGCUACAAGACUGUGGCCCAGGGCACGAAGAAAGAGGGAUGCACUAUUCUCUUCAUGAUCCUCUAUUUCUUCGGCAUGGCAAGCUCAAUUUGGUGGGUCAUUCUGUCCCUCACAUGGUUCCUCUCUGCGGGAAUGAAGUGGGGUCACGAAGCUAUCGAGGCCAACUCUCAGUACUUCCACCUCGCUGCUUGGGCUGUGCCAGCAGUUAAGACCAUUACCAUUCUCGCCAUGGGACAAGUGGACGGUGACCUCCUCACCGGUGUAUGCUACGUUGGCAUCUACAACGUGGACUCCCUGCGCGGGUUCGUUCUAGCGCCCCUCUUCGUCUACCUCUUCAUCGGCACCUCUUUUCUCCUGGCCGGGUUCGUGUCACUUUUCCGCAUCAGAACCAUCAUGAAGCACGACGGCACCAAGACGGAGAAGCUGGAGAAGCUGAUGGUGCGCAUCGGCGUGUUUAGCGUGCUCUACACGGUACCGGCGACGAUUGUAAUCGCCUGUUAUUUCUACGAGCAGGCUUUCCGAGAGCAGUGGGAGAAAACCUGGCACAUGCAAACGUGUAAGCGCUUUGCUGUCCCUUGCCCUGUCAAUAACUUUGCCCCCAUGUCUCCGGACUUCACCGUCUUCAUGAUAAAGUAUCUGAUGACCAUGAUCGUGGGAAUCACCUCUGGAUUUUGGAUAUGGUCAGGGAAGACCCUGCAGUCUUGGCGCAGGUUUUAUAAAAGGCUCAGUAAUAGUAAUCAAGGGGAGACAACGGUAUGAAAAAUUAGACACGAUCGACCAUGUCGUCCAGAUAUACUUUGUGUACAACUUUAGUGCGAGAUGAACUUUUACAUGUCGACUGAACUCUAUGGACAAACAGUGCGCCUAAAAGUGUUUCCACAGUGAAGACGGACCACCGGGCCACAUCAUAAACAAUGUUAUCUGUCAGAGUCUGUUUGCACCAUCGGUUUUGCUCAUAUGUAUAUGGGAAAAAAAGACAUUUGACUAUAUUUUUUGUGUAACAAAAUGUAAUUUGCAGAUGUGAUGUCUGUAGACGUAUACAUUUAAUGCAGUGCUUAAUGCUCUGGCACAUUUUGCAUCAUGUUCACGGUUCUGUAUCCAUGAGAUUUGGACGUAAUUUGCCUUAUAUAUGUACCAUCCCAUGUUUUAACUCUAGGGACUUGUAUGACUUUCCCAGCCCUCCGUUGACAAUCAUGCAUACGUCUUUGGCAUAAAUGGACCUUGAAAUUGAUGGAUUGGGAUCGUUUUAUGCAUGUGUACAGCUGUGAAUUAAUGUGCAAGCUCCCUUUAAAUGACGUAACGUGUAAAUAAUCACCUUUUUUCAAAGAGUAUAUGUAUUUAUGAAAAUAACCUUGCUGUUUUUAAAAUGAUUUUUAACAUUUCGUAAGAGACCUUUGUAUCUGUACAGUUUUG